UUGAAAAGAGUUGAAAAAAAAAGAUAUUAGCAUUUCCAUUCUCUAUAAUCCACUAAAUUCAUCUCACUCCAUUUCGGUGAAUCUGACACUCCUGGUCUCUCAAAAAAGGAAAAAAGAUACAAAUGUUACUAGUUGGGUUGAUAUUUUGUUUCAGUGCCAAAUUAUAGAAAAAUUUCAGUCACUUUGGACGAAGCAAUAUCAAUAAGUAAAUGAGAGAAUGGUGGUUGAUGAUGGUAAUAGAACUAAUAAAUGGAGAGAGAAAGAGAUGGAAGGAGAGAAUAAUUUAAGAACUUUAGAAUGUUUAAGAGGAAGAUUACUAGCAGAAAUAGUAGCUUCAAAAGCAGCUAAAGAUGAUGCAGAAUUCAUGGAAAACAAGUUAAUGGAGCUAGAAAAACAACUAAGUACAGAGACUGAAUUGCAGACAAGAAACUAAAGUUACUAAUGAAAAAGAUGAAAUCUAUGAAUAUUGCAUCACUUGUAAAGUCAUCUACUAGUUCUUCAGAUCUCAGAGAACCAGAAAAGCAAAAUUCUGAUUCACAAAUUUCUAAGCUAGUAAAAUUGUAAAAUGUAGUACGUCACUUGAGGGAAUUUCUGAUGGUUCAACUACAAGAGUAGGUAGAGAAAAUUCAGUAUGUACUUUAUCAGAUCAUGAUCAUCAAAUGACAACAACUGCGAGUAGUUCGGGUUUUGUGGGUACAGCUCAUUCUUGUAAGAAUAGCGACGAUCGUUUUUCCAAGGAAGAACCUAGAAAAUUUAAAGACGAUGAACCAAGAGAAUUUCAAGAGGAAAGACAAAACAACAUUCAACAGGAAGAACCGUGUGAAAUUCAAGACGAAAGACACAGAGAAUCAAUGGCAGACCAUAUGAGACAAACUUCGAUAGAUGAAAAAGAGGCAAGUGAAAACAACCCAGACGAGUUUGUCACUAACUCGUUGGCUUUAGUUCCAGCUACUAUUUGGCCAACGUCAACAACUAAUGAACCAAAGAUUAACAGCGGAAAAGUUCUUGAUGUUCUUACUGCUUUAGGACAUGCAAAGAAACAACUUGAGAACUCAAUGGGGAGAAAAGAUGUUAUUUGCUCCAGAUGAGUGACUUCCGUUUCUCCACAGUUAGUGUUAUUAAUAAAAACACUGCUUGUUGGUAUUACAUUUCGAUCAUUUUCAUAAGGUUUUGUUACCAACUAGUACCAUACGUCGUUUGUUAUUUACAUUCAAAAUUUCGCUACAUCUUUCUCAGAACCCAC